UUUUUUUUCUGUUCAUUAUAAUGGAACAAGGCAAGUCAAUCAAUAAGGACGAAGCACUUUUAAAUAAACUUGGGUAUAAACAGGAACUGAAUCGUUCCUUAUCUUCUUUUAGGAACUUUUGUCUAUGUUUUACUACAAUGAGUUUACUUAGUGGUUUGACUCCAUUAUAUGGAACUGCCUUGAUGACAGGUGGACCUGUGGUCAUCAUAUUUGGAUGGAUCUUUGUUACUCUUAUGACUCUUACAGUCGCUCUCUCCAUGUCAGAAGUGUGCUCUUCUUUACCAACAUCUGGUGGUUUAUAUUAUUGGGCCGCAUCAUUAUCAACACCUCGAUGGUCUCCUAUUGCAGCUUAUUUCACUGGUAUGUUCAAUCUGAUUGGCCAGAUUGCGGGUACAGCAUCUGUCAAUUUUGGUUUGGCUCUUAUUGUUGUUGGCACGAUAUCUGUUGGAACUGAUACACAAUGGUCAGCUACUCCUGGUGCUACCGUCGGUAUCUAUAUUGCUAUUCUCUUCUUACAAGGUCUUCUUAAUACUUUCGGCACAAGGGCGAUUGGUAUGAUGAAUGUUAUCUCUUUAUAUUGGCAUCUUUUUGGUACGCUUGGUAUCAUUAUUUCUAUCUUAGUUUGUACAAGAAAUUCUCCUGCAUCUGCCAAGUUUGUAUUUACUGAUUUUGAAAAUCAUUCUGGAUGGAACAAUAGUGGUUUUGCUGUUCUUUUGGGUUUAUUACAAAGUCAAUAUUCUUUUACUGGUUAUGAUUCUGCCGCUCAUAUGACGGAGGAAACUAAAAAUGCUCAACGUGCUGGACCUAUCUCUAUUCUGACUUCCAUCUUAAUGACUUCAGGUCUUGGUCUUGCUUAUCUUCUUGCCGUAACAUUCAGUAUUCAAGAUUAUGAUCAAGUCAUUAAUACCAAGACUGGGAUUCCUACAGCUCAAGUAUUCUUAGAUGCCCUUGGUAAAACUGGUGCUUUAAUCGUUUUGUGUGUGAUUAUUGUUGCUGUUUUCUUUUGUGGUAAUGCUGGUGUGACAUCCAAUUCUCGAUUGAUCUAUGCUUUGGCUCGUGAUAAGGCUCUUCCCUUUAGUGGCACUCUGUACCGUCUGCAUAAGAAAACUCAAACACCUGUUAUUGCUGCUUGGGCUAUCUUAUUCAUUGCUGCUUUAUUAGGCUUGAUUUCCAUUGGAUCUGAAACUGCAUUUGUUGCCAUCACAAGUGUUUGUACCAUAAGUUUAUAUAUUACCUAUGGAUUCCCUACUUUAUGUUUAUUACUCAAUCGAUCACAGUUCACUCCAGGUCCUUUUACUUUGGGAAGAUUUAGUACUAUCAAUGGUAUCGUCGCUUUGUGUUGGAUUGUCCUUAUUUCUGUCUUGUUUAUUUUACCAACCGAAUAUCCCGUAGAAGCCAGUAAUAUGAAUUAUGCUAUAGUUAUCUUUGGUGGAUUAUGGAUCAUCAUUGCUAUAUACUGGUUUACUCGUGGUCGUCAUGUUUUCAAGGGACCAGUACGAUAUGUGAAUUCAUCGGAUGCAACUUCAGCUAUGGAAGGUGAUGAUGAUAUCAAUGCAUUCGAUAUGGCGAAACGACAAGUGAAUACAACCAUCAUCAAGAAAGAUCAACAACAUAUUCAAGAUGAAAAGAAGCAAUUGGACAAUAGUGAAGAAUAGUUCUAUAGAUAAUAUAUAUUUUUAUUUAUCAUUUUUUUUAUCUUUGAUAUUGU